AUGGUCGGGGAUUCGGAGAUCAUGGGGAAUAUCCAGAAAAAAGGAAUCACAUUUGAUAAUUUUGCUGAACUUGCUAGGGAACAUGUCGACAUUGAAGCAUUCAAGGUUCAACAUAGCUCUUUAGAGCAAUUUACAGACUCUGUGAUCGAAACGACUUUAGUGGAAGAUUUGCACAUGAUUCUGUCCUACUCUAGGAAGAAGAAGGGUGAUGAUCAUUUUUCACCAAUGGCUGCAUAUCACAAGGGCAGAGACAUGCUUUUGAUAUUAGGUGUUGCCCGCUACAAAUACCCUUUUCACUGGUUGCCGCGGAUGACGGCUUAUGAUGGUGAGGAAGAAAAUCUCAUGAGCCAGAGCUAUGGAGAGAUUGAUGAAAAGUGUAGAAGUGAAUACUAG